AUGGCAUCUCAAGACGAGGAUUUAUGGGAACUGUCAUCGGAAGGCUGCUAUGUUGCCCUAGCAAGAGACCACCUCAGCGUCCAAACCAUAAUGGACCGCGUCCGCAACCCAGCGGCCGGCGCAAUAGUCCUCUUCGCAGGAACAACAAGAGACAACUUUGCCGGCAAACCCGUCAAAGAACUCACAUAUACAGCGUAUAAAAAACUCGCCCUGAGGACGAUGCUGGCUAUUACCAGGGAAUUAAUAAAAAAGCACGGUCUCAAGGGCAUAGCCAUGAUCCACCGUCUGGGAACUGUGCCCAUCGGCGAAGAGAGCAUCUUGAUUGCUGUAUCAUCACCACAUAGACAAGCAGCAUGGCGGGCCGGGGAGGAAGCUUUGGAGGAGUGUAAGUCGAGGGUUGAGGUGUGGAAGAGGGAAGAGUUUGAUGGCGAGGAGGGUGUCUGGAGGGCGAAUAGAGAUGGAGCGAUGGGCGAGAAGGUGAAGUCAUGA